ACUUGUGAUCGAUUGCAACAACAGAAAAGGAAUUUAAUUCUCCAAAAAAACAUAGAUAUUGUGCAAGCAUGGCUUCAAGACCCGGAAUUCUCUCUGAUUGGCCAUGGAAGCCUCUUGGAAGCUUUAAGUAUAUGUUACUAGCUCCUUGCAUCGUUCAUAGCUCGUAUUCUAUGAUGGUGAAAGAUAACAGUGAGAAGGACAUGUUUAACUUUCUCAUAUUACCCUUUUUGCUAUGGCGUAUGCUUCAUAACCAAAUAUGGAUCACUUUCUCUCGUUACCGAACUGCCAAAGGCAACGCAAGAAUUGUUGACAAGGGAAUUGAAUUUGAUCAAGUUGACAGAGAAAGAAAUUGGGAUGACCAAAUAUUGUUUAGUGGCUUAAUAUUCUACUUGGCAAACUAUGUAUUUGCUGGGGCAUCACACAUUCCAUUGUGGAAAACAGAUGGAGCAGUUAUGGCAAUACUGCUUCAUAUGGGACCAGUGGAGUUUCUUUAUUAUUGGUUACACAGAGCACUGCAUCAUCACUUUCUCUAUUCACGAUACCAUUCUCACCACCAUUCUUCCAUUGUCACAGAACCCAUUACUUCUGUCAUCCAUCCAUUUGCAGAGCACAUAUCAUAUUUCUUUCUCUUCGCAAUACCCUUGUUAACCCUUGCGUUUACAAAAAAGGCCUCUAUGAUGGUUGUGUUUGGAUAUGUGACUUACAUUGAUUUUAUGAAUAAUAUGGGUCACUGCAACUUUGAGAUCAUUCCAACGUGGCUAUUUAACAUGUUUCCUCUUCUCAAGUAUCUCAUGUACACUCCAUCGUUUCACUCUUUGCACCAUACCCAGUUCAGGACAAAUUACUCCCUAUUUAUGCCUUUUUAUGACUACAUCUAUGGCACCACAGACAAGGCUACAAAUCAACUAUAUGAUUCUGCAUUAAAACGAGAAGAAGAAACCACAGAUGUUGUGCACUUGACCCACCUCACUACACCUGAAUCCAUCUAUCAUCUCAGGCUUGGAUUUCCUUACCUUGCCUCCAAACCUUACACACCAAAAUGGUACCUUCGUUUGAUGUGGCCUAUGACGGCUUGGUCUGUGUUCCUCACCUGGGCCUAUGGUCGUGCAUUCAUUGUAGAAGGGUGUCGUUUUGACAAACUUAAGUUGCAAACUUGGGCAAUACCUAAGUACAAUUUUGAAUACUUUCUACAAUCGGAAAAAAUGGCCAUCAACAAAAUGAUAGAGGAAGCAAUACUAGAUGCUGACAGAAAAGGCAUAAAAGUGUUGAGCCUAGGUCUCAUGAAUCAAGGAGAGGAUCUUAACAUCUAUGGAGGAUUAUAUGUUAGUCGGAAUCCAAAUCUAAAAGUUAAGAUUGUAGAUGGAAGUAGCCUUGCUGCUGCAGUUGUUCUUAACAAUAUUCCUAAAGGAACAACUCAAGUUUUACUCAUGGGAAAGCUCACCAAGGUUGCUUAUGCUCUUGCUUUCGCAUUAUGUCAACGAGGUGUUAAGGUUGCCACAAUGCAUAAACAUGAUUAUGAGAGGCUCAAAAAGUCUCUCACUAAUUCUGAAUCUAAUUUGAUCAUUGCAAAAGGCUACACUCAAAUGACUUGGUUAGUGGAAGAUCAAUUGACUGAAGAGGAACAACUAAAGGCACCCACUGGUGCAUUAUUUAUUCCCUAUUCACAAUUCCCACCAAGGAAAUACCGUAAGGAUUGCUUCUAUCAUUGCACCCCAGCAAUGCUAAUUCCUAGUUGUGUUGAAAAUGUUCAUUCUUGUGAGGAUUGGUUGCCAAGGAGGGUAAUGAGUGCAUGGCGCAUAGCUGGGAUAGUUCACUCUUUAGAAAGAUGGAGUACAAAUGAGUGUAACUACAAAAUGCAUAACAUAGACAAAGUUUGGCGUUCAACCCUUCAACAUGGGUUUCAACCUCUAACUACUCCAAUCAAAGAGAUAGCGCAUUGUUAAAGAAUAGUGGGGAAAUUAAAUCAUGAAUUUGUUUUACUGCCUUAUUGUUGCUCUUUAGAUGGUAUUUAUCCUUCCGAGUUAUGGUUAGAAUUUCCUACAACAACUAUGUUAAGUACUACUAUUGUACUUAAACAAGCAAAUGAUGUAUCUUUAUAUAUCUAACAAACUUCUACAUGUUUUUGUUAUCUUUCUACUAUGAUAUGCAAUUAAACAUUUAUCUUAACAAA